AUAUUCAUAUGGGGCUCGAAAGAUAGUCGUAACUUCUAUUGGACAAAUCGGAUGCAUACCAUAUGAGCUAGCAAGGUACAAUGGGAAUGGAAUUAACAAAUGCAAUGAAGAAAUUAACAAUGCCAUUUCCAUGUUCAACUCUGGGCUCAAGAGGCUUGUAGAUAAGUACAAUAAAGGCUAUUUGCCUGGAUCCAAGUUUGUUUACUUGGAUUCAUUUGCAAGCACCAAGGACCUUGUUGUCAAUGCAAAAAGAUAUGGAUUUGAAGUGGUGGAUAAAGGAUGUUGUGGGGUGGGGAGGAACAAUGGCCAAAUAACAUGUCUUCCUCUUCAACUACCUUGUGAUGAUAG